AUGGCUGUUCCUUUGACAUUUCUCGUGCUGGUAACGGGCAUCGCCGGAGACAGCGCUCUUCCGGAUGGUGGCCUAGGAUAUAUGCAUUCCUAUCUAUCACUGCAUUUCUCGGAUGCCCACCGAAUCGUCUUCAACACUGUUGAAUCCUCUGCGGAAGACGUCAUGAUAACCGUGCCUGACAUGAGAAACUCGGCCCUGAAUCUAUUGCAAUCUCUGGAUAGGAAUAAGGCCAAGUUGGAAGGACAAAGGGCAACAGAUGUGACAAACUAUGACGACGGUCCGAAGCAACAGGGACCGAAUAUUCCCGCUCCAAAAGUGGUAUUUCUCUGCCAUGAUAUUGGAGGAUUCGUUGUAAAACAGGCUCUCCUGCUGGCGAAUUCAGAACCCUGCUUUGAAUGGGUAGCACGCGCAACGGCUGCUGUACUUUUCUUUGAGACGCCUCACACAGUGCCGACGCAUCUGUCCUGGGAGCGCCUGAUGGUGAGGAUGCUUGGUCAGACAGAGUCUGUGUUGGAUUUCGCCUCAUUUAUACGUUAUUUGCCCGACUAUGCGUCUCAACUCGAGACUGAAUUUGAAGGAAUUUCUGGAACUCAUCACAUGAUAAACUUUUUGUCUCGUGAGAGUCGUUAUGCCGUGGUCACCCGAGAGAACAUCCCGAGUCCAAUCUACAGCUGUGAUCAGAUACACUGCUUGGAUUGCGACCCAAAAGAGAUGUGGAAGGUCAGCGACCAAGUCUCAUGGGCUGACACAAUCCGGCGCGUCAUCAACCCACAAGAAGUUACGCGCAGUUUCUCGACGUCUCUGGCGCAGCUGAGUCCAAGAAUGCGCCAGCUUGGAACGCCAGCACACCGCUCGAUCCCGAGUGAUUUCGCAAGAUGGGCCACAUGGGAAGAGUAUAAUGACUGGGCUUCGGGCACAGAGAACCCGGUGCUUCACAUUGUGGGACUACCUGGGACCGGGACAUCGCUUUUUGCUACCCAAGUCACAAGCCACCUGCGAGAAGGUGGUAACCUUGUCCUUUCCUAUUCAGCAUGCCAUAGAUCCAACCCGAGAAACUCGACGGUGAGUCUCUGGCAUUCUUUCUGCCAACAAGCACUCCUAUCGCCAUCUUCAUAUCGUUCUACCACACCCCAUUGCUCAUGGCUCAGAAAAGAGGGCAUCUUCACCAAAGAAACGUUCAGGGGCCUGCUGCGUUCGAUACUAUCAGGCUGCGCCGGAAAAGCGACAUUUUGUAUCAUCGACGCCCUUGACCACUAUACCGCCGAGGCGCGGGACGAACUGCUCCGCGAUCUCGGCGAGAUGAGAACUUCAUCUAAAGGCGAAUUCAAGGUUCUUACUGUUGGCUCCGCCUCGUAUGUGCAAUAUGGGACGCCCGGGUAUCCGCUAGUAGUUUACUUGCAGGAACGAAUACUAGCAGCUGGAGAGCUCGAGCGGCUUGCUAAGACAAGGAUAAGCAGCAUGGCUGCGGUUAACCCGGCUUGGAAGACCCUUGAUCUUGAAUCCCAACAAGUUAAAAGGCUGUGGACGGGAUCCGCUACACUCUUUGAAUUAUGCCAGAAGAUGGACUUUCUCGAAAAGGGCGAAACCCUGUCCACCACCGGUGAGGCGAUUGCCAUGGUCGCCACUCUUCCCGCGGACUUUACAGUCUUCUUCAGAACGCUAGCGACUAAAUAUGACUUCUUACAUGAUGGACGCUUGGGCGCAGCGGUCUUGCCCUGGCUUAUUGGUUCGUUACGGCCCAUGACAGUGCAGGAGCUCGCGGUCUGGGCCGCUCUUGCUCGCACGAGCACAGAGACGCUCACAUUGCAACACCUACAAAAGUCCAUCCUAUGGGACUUUCGAAGGGACCUGGAGAAUGAGCUUAGUCCCAUCAUCCGGAUCUCGGGCGAGUUGGUGGAAAUGCGGCACCGCAUCUACCAAGACCUCGUUCUCGCAGACUUCAACGCUCUAGGCAAGGGCGAUGUGCAUCUUGAUAUACUCACCACGUGUCUCAUAUACCUCAGGCAAAUCGGCCCAUCGUGGAAGCACAGCACAGAGUUCCGGCAACAGCAUAGACUGGCAGAAUACGCGGCUCUUCACUGGCCGCAACAUUAUCAUGAAGUCAGGGACAAAGCCACCGCAAAGCCGGUGGUGCUAUCACUUCUCCAAAAUGAGGAGCAAUUCACCGUAUGGCUGGACAUAUAUUCCCACUAUGCGACGCGAUCCGCCGAAGAAGAGUCAUUUCCAAGGACACCGAUUCAAGUAGCCGCGUACUUGGGAUUGACCGAGGUUCUCUCCGAACUUGUCGCUAACGUACAUCCAUCGAAUAAAGAUACGGAGCUAACAAAGGCCAUGGAAUACGCCGCAACUAAGGGUCAUGCGAAUGUGAUUCGACUUCUUGCCGAACUCGGCGUCAGAGCCGAGGGCGCGCUGCUCCGAGCUUCCUGGCUCGGCGACAACGCAACUGUGACUGAGCUACUCAAAACCCAUCGUACAUACAUAAACUCCAGAGGCGGACCGGACGGCGUCUACACACCCCUUCUGCAAGCAGCCCGUUGUGGACAUGUUGACAGCUUUGCGAAGCUCCAAUCUGAAGGGGCUGAUCUUAACGCUGUGGCAGCCCAUACGAAUCUCACUGCACUGCACCUGGCAGCAAGGAUUGGUCAACGGGCGAUUGUUCAGCUCCUGAUUACCGCCAAAGUUCCCCUGGCGAGCGUCGAUGAGCAGGGCUAUGGUGCUCUUUACUACGCGGCAGAAGGGGGGUUCGAGGAAAUUGUGAAAUGUAUGAUUAUUGCCGCAAAUGACCCGGCAACACUGGCUGAUGAAACACGAGUCUCGCAAGUGCUUCUAACAAACAACCAGACAAGGGAUUCGAAUACCCCGUUACAUCUAGCAGCAUCGAAUGGACAUUUGAAGACUGUGGAAACACUACUUAAUAUGAAGGCCAGGCCAGGCAUUCUGAAUGACCGCAAAUACACGCCGCUCUAUUAUGCUGCCGAAGGAGGGUUCCCGUCAGUGGUCAAGACGCUCCUUGAAGUUGGCACUGUGGCAGAGAAAAAAGGGGAGCAGUCGAUGGUUGAAGUUCAGCCGUUGCCCGGCGAAGUUGCUCGCAUCCCAUCGCCAGUCGAACUAGCUGCGAAGAACGGUCAUCUUAGCACCGUGACGGAGCUACGGAGCUCGCGCUUCUAUGACACCAGCGAGGUUCUUUCCCCAGCAUUCGCCACCGCAUGUCAGGAGGGAACCAACGAUUGUGCCUUAUACAUCCUUCAGUGGUAUAACGAAGUCUCCUUUGCCGGCGGACCAUUGCUGGAUGUAGACGGAAAUACCGCGCUCCAUCUCGCCGCACGGCACGGCAAUGUGCGACUAUUUCAGAAGCUUAUGGAUUCAAAACACGUCCCGAUUGACUCCUUCAACAAGAAGGGAUUGAGUCCCCUUCACAUUGCUGCGUCUUCCGGGAGCCUUGCCAUCAUACAGUUGUUCAAAGAUGACUCGGCUCUCGGUGGCACAACGGCCAACGGAACAGGGAGGACGCUUCUUCAUAUAGCCGCAGAGGCGGGCUACCUCCACGUCGUUGAGUGGCUCCUAGACUACACAUCACUCAAGAAAGAGACUGCCACGGCAGUUGAAAACACAGCCAUAAUGCUCGCGGCAGUGGGCAAGCACGAGCCGAUUGUUAAGCUCCUUCUGGAUUCAAAGUAUGCAGUGCCGACUGGUAAUCUCCUGCAUGUAGCGGUGCUGAACAGCUGGAAAGGCGUCACAAAGAUUUUGGCAUCGUGUGACGUCUCUGUUCUCAACUGGAUUGACAGCACCACCGGUAACGCUGCCCUACACCUCGCGGUGGUGAUUAAAAACGCCGAUAUGGUAGAGGCGCUUUUAGCGGUCGGGGCUGAUCCCAAUCUUGGAAAUAAGGGGUGUAGGCUGCCUAUAUCAAUGGCCGUAGAGACCAAGAAUCUGGAUAUCGUAACCGCGCUUCUCGACGGUGCACCAACGCUUGACGUCGACCAGAUCGAUAUGGACGGUCUGACACCUCUCCUGAGAGCAUGCAAGGUGGCGUAUGAGAGCGGACAUGGUACCGCCAAGCUCGUCCGAGAGCUCUUGUCUAAGCGAAAAGCCGAUAUUAAUCUGAAUGCCAAAUGUCCUGGUAGUGAUGAAAAGUAUGCGGGAAUGACUCCCCUCCACCUGUCUGCGCUCAUCCUUUCAGAGGCUGAGGAAAGCAAUGAGGACAUCAUCGACGAGGAAGACGAUAUUUUCAUCCACGCCAAGAGCAUUGAUGAAGAAAAAAAGAGCGAUGAUAAAGCGAAGGAUGAGCUCCAACAAGAAAGCGACGAACCGGACGACGAGCUCCUCAAGUUGCUCCUCGACUUUGGAGCGGACCCUAACGCGAGGGAUGUCACGGGCUCUACACCUCUUCUGCUGGCUGCGGAAGCCGGACACAUCAAGGCACUCCGUGCUUUGCUAGAUCAAGAUGCCGACCCUAAUAUCAGCAAUACUAGAGAGACCACGGCGCUGCACCUUGCCGCUCAGUCUGGCCACGUCGCCUGCAUCAAUCUGCUUGUGAAGAAGGGUGCAAAUAUGAACGUAGCCAAAGUGGACGAAACACCCAACCGCGGGCUUUGUGGUAUUACACCACUGGUACUCGCGGUAGCCCUAGAGCGGCUCGGUGCCGUCGAGGCAUUGCUUCGUCUCGGGGCAGAUAUCGGACGUGCCGUACACAUUGCCGCACUGUAUGGCGAGUUGGACAUUUUCAAGGCCGUCCAUCGUAAACGCCCCGAUCCGAAUAUAUUCGACUCUGGCUUGGGAACGCUGCUUUGCCUUGCUGUGACGGCAGAUAGCAUGGACAUGGUCUCCCAUCUUCUAGAAAACCCAAAAGUCGCGACAAGUACUGCUAAUACCAUCGGCCAGACGCCCCUGACGAUUGCCGCCAUUAUGGGCAAUCACGACAUAGCCAAGUGUCUGGUCGAGAAAGGAGCCGAUCCGGAUAAGCGAGAUCACGAAGGGAGGACGCCGCUGGACUAUGCAAUCCUGUUCGCCGACGAGGAAUUGGCGAAAUUUCUUUGUCAGCAUACAAGACUUGGUUUUCCACUGGACGGCGUCCGUGGGCAUAGUCCGUUAUAUUUGGCCUGUCGGAUGCCAAGUGAUGACAUUUUCAACGAGAUACAUGAAGCUUGCAAAAGACUUCCAUCCGAGGAGUAUUUGAAGUUGUGUGAGCUAGCAAUCCACGCAGCCAUCAUGUCUAACAAUGGAGGGCGCCUCACAACGCUGCUCACCACGCCUGGCGUCAAAGCAACCGUGGCAGAUGACGACGGGUGGACGCCGUUGCAAUGCGCCAGGUCUUACGGCCGUAAGGAGAUGGAAGAACAAAUUCUAGGCGCUGGCGCCACCCACGAGUCAUCAGGUGAGAUGAAGACACCUACUCAAUGGCACCUGGACGACCGGCAUGCCGCACUCUCUCCAUGUAUAGGGGCAGAGCAGACCCCGCGAGUGAGAGACCCGAAGAUUGUAGAGGUAUUUGCUAGCGUGGGAGACGUGAUUGAUUUAACGUGUGACCCGUAUGGAGUAGCUGUGGCUCGAGCGAACCAUUGUAUCCCAGACGGUCAGGACUUUUUCUUCGAAAUCAAGGUGCAGAAAGGCUACAGAGACGGAUGCCAAACGCUCGGCAUCGGUCUUUGCAGUGAUAUCGCUCCUCUGAGUAGCAAGCUCAGCUUUGGACACCCGGCUAUCUCCUGUGGCUACUAUGCUCACAACGGGGAGGUGCGCGCAAGUGGUGUGCAGUCAACUGGAUUUUUCGAACCGAGAUGGUAUGGUGAAGGGGACAUUGUUGGAUGCGGAGUGGAUGCGAAGAAAGGAACCAUUUACUUCACCAAAGGUAGACAGCUACUAGCUGAACGUGGCUGUAGAGCAUGCUUUUCGCCACCCUUCCGGAAAGCUUUAUCCGGCGGUCUUCGUCGACACUCGUCAGACUGGCGUACGCAUAUCUCUGGAGAGAAUGUCGACACGGUUCGAUACAAGCGAAGUCGAAGCGGAAGCCGUAAAUACCACCAGCCUCCCCACGGAGAAGCAAUGUAA